AUCAACUUGAAAUGUUAAUAUAAAGAAAGACAUGAGUUGUGUAAAUAGACAGGCUUUAGGCCUGCAGAUUGCUGUGCUUUUAAUAACUUCAUCAAAGCAGCAAGCUUUACGAGAAGUAGUUCUUAUGAAUUCUUUCACUUUUUGUGAUUUCUUGUCACUAAGGAAUGUUUUCUGUAGACAACAUGUCGGAUCAAAUAACCGUUGGCUUUGUCCUUCUUCUGUUCGCACUUGUUAUAUUUUUAUGUGGUAUGUACUUCAUGAGCAUGUUUCUACCAUGCCGAAUGAUUUGUUCAUGCAAGGGAUUAAUACUUCAGAAACGGUGUACUAAGCAUGAUGGUGGGAUUGGCAAUUUAAAUUUGGAAACACACGAGUUGACUUCGUCAACAGAAAUGCUGCUUGGAACGUACGAUGUCAUACCAUCAUAUUUCAUUCAGACUAAAGUAAAAUUAUCUAAAUGUUGCAUAUGUCUUACGCCAGCUGGAAAGGAAGCAGAGUAUGUCAAUUGUAUGUAUCUCCCAAAUGCAAAGAGAGCCAUGUAUGGUGAAGCUAGAAGGACAGUUUUCUUCAAUCAGUUAAAGACUUUUAUUUCAUGUCUUCCUCAGGGAGCAAUAAACGAAACUUGUCCAAUAUGUUUAGAAUAUUUUAUGCCAGGAAGGGAUAUAAUUCUAUUGAAAUGUAGUCAUGGUUAUCACGAGUCUUGUCUAAUUCAGUGGAUACGUAUUAAAGCAUCAAACACGACAUACAGCGCUGGAUGUCCAUUAUGCAAGGACAGUUUAAAUGAAGAUAAUUUAUCUCUAAAUUAUGGGCGCAUUUAUCCGACGCCUCUACGGCGUUAUUAUGGGAGUAUAUUGCUUAGUAGAGGACCCCAUUCAGAGUUGCAUUAAUUUAUGAAAUCAAGGAUGUUCAAAGGAGAAAGAGAUGUACCUAAGCAUUGUCUUUAAAAGUUCUAUUGUUAAUGCGCGUAUCGGAAACCCAUCUGUUGAACAGCUUUUGCUUUAUUUUCACACACUGACAAUAAAAUGACCAUUUUAACGACAAAGCAGAACUUUCACUAAAUGUAUUAAGUACCAACUUAAAAGUUAUCAUAAAUGCAGAAGAGAAAAACGCAAAAUAAAGUGUGCAAAUAUGCCGAUAGUAAUACUUGCAAAAUUCUGCAUUUCUUGUUAAAGAAGUAUGAAUGUUUCUGAAUUUUAUUUCGCAUUUUAGGUUAGUCCAACUCGUUUCUAAUUUUUUUGCAUAUACAUUACAAAAAGUCAGUAAGGUCUCUGUAAUUCCGAAAUUUCAAUAAAAAUUUAAUUAAUUUCACAUUUUUCAAAAUUCUGGAGAUUCUUUUUGUUAACGCCAAUUUAGCAUUUUUUUCUUCCACAGAAUAUUAUUUCUUUAAUCUAUUGCUAACAGAAGCAAACACGUGGCUUUGUUAAACUAUAAUUUGUAAAGUUUCAUUCGUCCUUUGCAAAAGGAUUUUGCAUUUUUAGAAUUUUUAUUGUAAAAAUACUUACCCUUAGAUGUAAUAUAAAUUUGCAUCUUCUUGAA